AACGACUGUCUGAAGAGGAUUCAUUAAAAUGCUGAUCUUAUUCCAACUACUGCUGCUGCUCGGAGCGACGCGAAGCGCAUUUGAUCAGAUCUUUGAGACAAAGACUGCUGAUGUCGGAGAUGAAGUGAAGUUGACGUGCAGCCGCCAGAAGUCGAUUUUCACAUUCCCAAAACUUUUUUGGAUCAGGCUUGUUUCUGGAAACUUGCCUGAAUUCUUGGGAGGAACACAUUCCCAUGAUUACCCUGUUGUUAAGAAGACUCCUCACUUUACAGUCAAACAAGAGCCUGGAAGCUUUGUUCUGUACAUUAAUAAAGCAGAGACGAGUGAUGCUGGAGUUUACUACUGCAUAGAACAAGAAACACUUGACAUGAAAUUAUUGAUUGGAACAUUUCUGAAAAUUAAAGGACCAGAACCUGAUAUAACUGCCGUCAUUCAAGUCCCUCCAUCUGAUACGGUCAGUUCAGGAGACUCUGUGACUCUGCAGUGUUCCGUCCUGUCCGACUCUGACAACCACACAUGUCCAACAUAUGACAAGCUGUACUGGUUCAGAGCUGAUGAAUCUCAUCCCAGUUUAGUUUAUGUUCAUGGCAGUAGUGGUGAUGAAUGCGACGGGAGCCUUGAAGCUCACUCACCCCACAGAUGUGUCUUCAAUUUCUGUAAGAGUUUUAGUUCCUCUGAUUUUGGGACUUAUUACUGCGCUGUGGUCACAUGUGGAGAGAUUUUAUUUGGACAAGGAAUAAAACUGGAAAAUGAAGCACUCAACAUCUGGACUGUACAGAAGGCCAAUACAGUUCUGUGUCUGUUAAGUGCUGCAUUGGCUAUAAGUCUGAUUGUUAUCGUCGUCCUGAUCCAGGAGAAAAUGUGUGAUUGUUGCAAAGCUGGAGUUUCUUUACAAACAGAGGCUGCAGCAGUCGGUGGUAAUCCGCCAAGUCAGCAGAGACACGAGGACUCAUUGGUUUAUUCUACAGCGACCUUCACCAGGAGGAAGGCUGGAAAAACAACCGGGAGAGGAAUUUCAUUCAUGGCUUGAACAUUGUCAAAAAAUUGUCAUUCACAUAAAUGUUACAUCUGAUGUUAAUAACAAUAUUUGGAUAGUAUUAAAAAUAUUUGUAUAAAAACACAUUUGCAACUGCUUUUGGUGACACCCGACAGAACUGUCACUCACACUUCUCUGCUGCUCCGCUCCCUUCACUGGUUACCAGUGGCUGCCCGCAUCUGUUUCAAAACAGUAGUACUUGCGCACCGUGCUGUGAACGGAUCGGGUCCAGUCUACAUCCAGGACACGGUCAAACCUCACACCCCAGCCCGUCCACUCCGCUCUGCUUCUGCCAAUCGGCUUGUUGCUCCCUCACUGCUAAACAC